AUGCCUAAAAUUAAGGUUAAGGCAUAUAUUAAAGAAGAGUUAAGGUUUAAGUUACUCUUUAUAAAUAAAAUGCUAAUAUAUAUACUAAUAGGGGUAAUACUUUUAAAGGCUGCUACUAUACUAAUACUAGAGGAGGAGGAGGAGGAGGAGGAGGAGGAGGAGGAGGAGGAGGAGGAGGAGGAGGAGGAGGAGGAGGAGGAGUUAAAGGAGGAAGAAUUAAAGAAGGAGGAGUAUUCUUUAAGCUAUAAAAAGUAUAGAAUAUAUAAUAUAUACUUUAUAAAUUAUAUUAAGUAA